CUCCACUUCUGGUGACCAAGGACUAAAAUCAUGGCUGAGUAUAAAGUAGUAAAUAUCAAAUCUGAUGGAAAGACAAAAAAAAUUGUCUGUGACCAUCCCGACGGGUCAUUCCCACUUGUUGCAGUGAUCAAUUACCUCAGUUUGCAUCAGAAUCUCUGCAUUGAGGACAAUUGGGAGCAAUUAAUUUCUGAGAAAGAUCUUCUCGAAACAAUUCAGAAUUUAUUGGAUUCAGUUGAUGGAUGGAGUCCUGAGGACAAUACGAGCUGGAAUCAAGAGUCAACUGUACUACCAAUGUUAGCAACACAAAUUGAUCUGGAUCCGUACUUGAACAGCAUUGAUGGGUUAGGCAGUUCUAAUGCAACAGCAGCAGUGUUAGAAGUUUUCAAGGUCUUGGGUAUUCCACUUUUUCAUGGUUGUCUUAUGGAUCCUAAGAAAGCAAGUGCCCUUCAUGGGUGUUCAUAUUCAGGCAUUCUUGAAUUGUAUACGACAAAACCGUUACCUGGAGCUAAAGCUACUGAUUUAGAACAAUGGUCAUUGAUUAGAGAAUUUGUGGAGACGACAGAUAAACAAUUGAACUCUUAUGGGAUCUCAUGUAUCCGUGACAACAUGAUUCUAAACAACCAGAAGUUUGCAAUUUUAUACAGGAACGGAGAGUUUAAGCUGCUGGGCUUGCAUCAUGGAAUUAUUCAUAUUUUGCAAACUGAAGCUGGUGACUUCGAGGAUGUUGAGUUCGAUAGACUUUGUGUAUGGAAGACAUUGUGUAAUGUUGAUGAAGAUGGAAUUGCUUUGACAGGCAAUUUUCGUGCUGUUGAUGAUGAAAAUGCGAAGGAUGUCCUAAAACUGUACAUGGAAGGAUGGAGUUACAAUAAAUCUCUUCCUCAACGAAUCCGUGAUGAACAAAUAGCAAAAGCUGAACAAAAUGCCAAGGAGCUCAUCAGGAUGGAAGAACUUGAAAAAGAAAAGAGAGCUAAGAAAGCAGCUGCAGCUAGUAGAAAGAAGAAAAAGUGUGAAACUAGCAACACUCCUGUAUUAUCUAAUGAUGGAACCUCUGAAUCUGCCGAAACCUCUGAAGCUGCUGACACCCCUAAAGCUGCUGCUGAAACCUCUGAACCUGCUGACAUCCCUAAAGCUGCUGCUGCUGCUGAAACCCGUGAAGUUCAAAAUGCUGACACCUCUGAAGCUGCAAGCACAGCUUCUCAAUCUAAUGCUUCCAAAUUGUUUCACGGUUUCCUUGAUACUUCACAUUAUUGUGGAAGGAGUGAAAUACCUUACUUCGUAGGUGAAGUAAAAUUGAUGAAAGAGCGGAAUCUUUUUGAGCUGAGUGUAGAUUACUCACAUAUUAAGGAUGACUGUGAGGAACUUAGUGUGCUUAUCCGUGACGAUAUUGAUCGCAGUGUGCGCAAAGACCUAGAGGAAUGUCUUGUACAAUACUUAAAAGAUAAGGGUGUUGAAAAUGAAAAGGCUGAAAAGGCAGUGCUUAAAAUAUUGGAAGCGCGCGAUGGGUACCAAUCAUUUGUCGAACUUGCUGAGAAAAAUAGGCUUAAAUUUGUAGAUUGCCAUCAAAUUUAUCAACAGGUAAUCACCAGAUGUGCUUCCAAAUUUGGCCGGAGGAUGGCCCGGGGUUUCUUGAAGGUGAUCCGAAACAUGCAUUUUAGUGGAUAUUGCUGGAAUGGAGGCUGGACUGGAAAUGAUAUGAAAGUGAGCAACGAUGGCAGAAUCUUUCUAAUAACAGCGAAAGCUGGUCACAAUGUGUCCAAAGAAGGGAUUGAGGCUGAUUUGAAGAAUUUUUGGGAUAUCAUAUCCCCAUAUUUUUCCCAUGAGGUGGAAAGAUUUGACAAUACUGGGCAGAAGAUAACUAAGAAGGCAUUUCCUACUUAUUUUGAGGAAUUUAAGAAAGAUUGUGAGGAUAUUCCAGACCCAAUCAAUGAGCAACACAAGCUGCAGAGAUUUUAUAGAUACCUGCUUUCCCAUCCAGCCUUCAUGAACCCACUAUCAACAGCAACAGUUAUUUGUCAUAUGUUUACAAUCUGUGAUUCCCUACUGGGAGUGUAUGAGUAUGUAUAUGCUCCUCUUCAAACCAACACAAUGGUUGAAGAUUGGAUUGCAACAGUUAGGAUCCUUCCCAGGCCAUUCCAGAUGGUAUUCACUCAUUUUGGCAAGAGCUAUUAUCAACGGGGCUACUGGUUCCUGCUUAAGUAUCUAAGGAAUUUCCUUGAGCAUGUGCUUCGUUACACUAAGAACCAGCGACCUGUUUUGGACCUCAUGAACAACAGCUUGAUGAUGAGCCAUUACCUCCCAUUUUUUGUAACAAAACUGAUUCACUAUAUUGUCAUGAAUUUUGACAUUGAGAACAGGUUUGCCACUGCUUGGGAGCACUUUGAGAAUUCAGUGUAA